CCUAGAUAUAACAUAGUAUAUUAUAUUAUAGAGUAUAUUUCUUUUUGUGGUUAACAACAGACUCCAACAUUGUUCCUGUGAGACUUAAAGAGCAGAACGCGACAGGACUGGAUUCAACUGCAAAAGCGCGGAGAACAGCUCAGGGGAUGCCAGACAACAUCAUGAUGGAUGGUGCGUUGAUAGCGGACUUGGCAGAAGUGGCAAAAGAUGAAGCUCUUCUGCAGGGCGUCCUCAUGAGGAUCCAAGAGUCCUCCAACUCGUCAGAGCUGGUGACAUACGCUCCGUUCACCCUCUUUCCCACGCCUGUGCCUAAGGGUGUGUUCCUCCAGGCGCUGGCAGUGCAAACGCACUACAACACGCUGGUGGACCGCAUCAGCCAGGAUUCGGACUUUCUGCAAGAUGCUCUAGCUCGCACCAUUGAAGUGGACGAUUUCACUGCGCGGUUGUUCAGGAUCCACCAACAAAUCCUAAAAGAAGGAAGGGCUCAGUCUAUAGUGUUGGGUCUCAAUCGGUCUGACUACAUGCUGGACCAAGGGAAGGACGGGUCGGUGUCUCUGAAGCAGAUAGAGAUCAACACCAUUGCUGCCAGUUUUGGAGGUCUCUCAUCACGCACGCCGGAUGUUCACCGACAUGUCCUGAAGGUGGCUGGUAAACUGGAGGAGAGCCGGCGGAUCCUGGACAACGACCCCGCCUCUGGUCUGGCCCGGGCUAUAGCCAAAGCCUGGGAGCUAUAUGGAUCCGAGAGAGCAGCUGUCAUGUUCUUGGUGGAGGAGAGCCAGAUGAACAUCUUUGAUCAGCGAUACAUAGAAAGCCAACUAUGGAAGAGGAACAUCCCCACAAUAAGGAAGCGGUUCGACGAUGUGACUAAAACAGGGUCCCUGGAUCAGAACAAGAAGCUCUUUGUUGAUGGCCGAGAGGUUGCAGUGGUGUACUUUAGGAAUGGCUACAUGCCUCAGAACUACAUUUCCGAACAGACUUGGGAUGCUCGUCUCCUGAUGGAGCGCUCUCUGGCCGUGAAAUGUCCAGACAUCAGCACCCACCUGGCUGGAACCAAGAAGGUUCAGCAGGUGCUCGCCCGACCCGGAGUCCUGGAGAGGUUCUUCCCCGACCAACCCCGAGUGGUGGAGCAGCUAAAAGCGACGUUCGCUGGCCUCUACACUCUGGACAUGGGAUCAGAGGGUGACCAAACGGUGGCGAUGGCUUUGGCAGCGCCAGACCAGUUUGUCCUGAAGCCUCAACGAGAAGGUGGAGGGAACAACAUCUACGGAGCGGAGAUCUGCCGUGUCCUGCGGGCAGCAGAGGGCAGCUCGGCGAGGACGGCCUACAUUCUCAUGGACAAAAUCCAGCCCGGCGGGGUGCAGAACUACCUGCUGAGACGAGACGGCCCUCUGGAGAUUAGUAACUGUCUCAGUGAGCUGGGAGUGUUUGGAACUUACGUCAGGCACGGCAAAGACAUGGUGAUGAACGAGUGUGCGGGCCAUCUACUGAGGACCAAGAGCUCGGAGCACUCUGACGGGGGAGUGGCAGCAGGGGUGGCCGUGCUCGACAACCCUCUACUAGUCUGAGAGCGCCCCCCCCCCCUCACUUUUGAUGUUUUCAUACAGGACCAGUCUACGAUGUGCCAUUCUACUUAGAACUCCUAUUACAUUUCUGACUUCAUGUUGGGGGUAAUUGGAUCUUAUUUUGAAUGUUUACUCCUGUGACAUUGUCCUCAGGAACGCUCUCCACUGGAAACAAACUCCCUGUGUUCAUGAACGCAGGAGAUUACUUGAGGAGUUCUACAACUGCCCUUCACUCUUGAUAGAAUAUGAAAAUAUUCAUACACGCACAUGAAGUAGAAAUACUAAUUCUAAUUCUUAUUCAAAUAAGAACAUAACUAUAUAUUUAGUUUUAUAAAGAUAAAGCAACUAAAAAGCGUAUUACCUCACCAACAAAAAAAAUCUUUUGAGCUUUAUUUAUUUUGGGUUAGGGUUAGAAAAUAGAAAAUACACAUUUACCUUUUUAUUUUAUUAUGUCAGUAGGAUUCUAUUUAAUUGUCUUCCCAGCGGGUGGGUUUUAUGCUGAUAUCUGGAGUAAUUCCUUUUUACCUUUUACUUGUAGUGUCUUUACAAUAAAUGUCUUGAUUGACUCAGAACCUUAA